CCUCUCUUUAUUUUUUUUUCUGUCUAGGAAAGGACAAGCAUGAGAUUAUGUUUACAGCUCAUUUAGCUCGACAAGCCAUUGCAAAAUCCUUAUCUAAGUUAACACAGAAUAGUGAAAACCAUAUUUUGCAAAUCUUAAAUACACCCAAAGCAUCACUUCAAAAUCAAUUCACUGUACCUCUACCAAAACUAAUUAAUUCAUCAAUCAACCAAAAUGACAUCAACUGCUGUCAAGAGCUUAUAAGUAAGUUUGAACAAAACAAUUUCAUAGAGAAAGUGACUGCACAGGGCCCAUUUUUACACUUUGACGUAAAACGAGCACCCUAUAUUCAGUCUACCUUAUCUGACGUUUAUCAAUUAAACAGCCAAUAUGGACAUCACAAACAGCAUACACCAUCCACUGUCAUUAUUGAUUAUAGUUCACCCAAUAUUGCAAAACCGUUCCAUGCAGGACACCUCAGAAGCACUAUUUUAGGUAAUUUUCUAAAACGUAUUCAUGAAGCUAACGGCUAUAAAACGAUCGGGAUCAAUUAUUUGGGUGAUUGGGGUAAGCAAUAUGGUCUUUUGGCUAUUGGAUUUGAUUACUUUGGGGAUCCUCAAGCAUUAAAGCAGGAUCCUAUACAUCAUCUCUAUCAGGUCUAUGUGAAAAUAAAUGAGCUUGCCAAGACAGACCCCAGAAUUGAUGUACGUGCAAAUGAUUAUUUUAAAAAGAUGGAGUCUGGAGACUUGGAGGCAUUAAAACGAUGGAAAGAAUUUCGUGAUUACAGUAUAGAGUCCUAUAAAAAUAUUUAUAAACGACUAAAUAUUGGGUUUGAUUAUUAUUCAGGCGAAUCAGAGACAGAACCUUAUAUAAUGAAGGUCUAUCAGAUUUUAAAGGAUUCUCGACUAGUGAAAGAGGAAAAGGAGGGUUGGGUAAUCGAUUUAGAGAGGUUUGGUCUUGGGAGACCCUUCGUUCGACGUGGCAUGGGCACAAGUUUAUAUUUAACACGUGAUCUAGCGAGUAUCCUUUUGAGAUAUGACAAGUUGGGUGGGUUUGAUAAAUCGAUUUAUGUGGUUGGAAUUGAACAGGAGCUUUAUUUAAAGCAGUUGUUUAAAAUCAGUGAACUCAUUUAUGAGCAAAACCCGGAGAGGUGGCCCAAAGUAGAAUUUGCUCAUGCUAAUUUUGGACGUGUUAUGGGAAUGUCAACACGAAAGGGAACAGUCGUGUUCCUAGAAGACAUAUUAGACACAGCUAAGGAAAAGAUGCUUGAAAAUAUGCAAGAAGGAAAACAAAAUAAACUCGAAGGCAUAGUGAAUGAGGAAGCUGUUGCAGAUCAAUUAGGAGUAUCAGCAGUAAUUGUACAGGACAUGGUAGCAAAGCGAAUCAAGAAUUAUCAGUUUUCUUGGGACAGAAUGACGGCUUCUAAAGGAUAUACAGGUGUUUAUCUUCAAUAUACACAUGCUCGCUUAUGCAGUAUUGAGCGUAAUAUGAAUAUACCUGUCAAUAUCAAUGCAGAUACUUCUUUAUUAAAAGAAAAAGAAGCAUUUGAAUUGACUCUAACUAUUUCACAAUUCCCAGAUAUCGUUCAAUCUUCUUGUAAAGCAAUGGAUCCUUGUAUUCUAGUACAAUAUUUAUUCCGACUAUCUCAUAUAGCUAGCCAAGCUAAUAGCCAGUUAAGAGUAAAGGGAGCUGAAAGUCGUGAAAUUGCAGAAGCGCGUUUACUAUUAUUUUGGGCAGCAAAGACGACUUUAGCAAAUGGAUUGAGAUUAUUAGGCGUCAAUCCAUUAAACCGUAUAUAACAAUAUAAGCAUGUAUUUUUAUUUCAUAUUCGUAGAAUGCCACACAUUUUUAUAUUAUAUAAUAAAUUUCCG